AUGUCUCAACAACCUCUUCUAAUGACAACAGCCACUUCAAUUAGUGCUAGCACAAAGAUCGACACAACAACGGAUCACAACAAUAUCAACAACACUAAUAAUUCAACUCCAACACCUAUCGAACCUUCUCUUGACUCUGUCAUUAUUCCAUCGACGUUUACAUCAUCAUCAGCUCCACCAAAUCCGAUCGGAAGAGAUGAAAUUCUCAUUCCUCCCAUCAACUUUUGCAUGGUUAUGCCUGGAGUCUAUAGAUCAGGGUAUCCCAACAAAAAGAAUUUUCCGUUCUUGAAGAAGAUUGGACUCAAAUCAAUUUGCUAUCUAUGUCCCGAGCAAUAUGCUCACAAUAAUAUGGAAUUUUGUAGAAAGAAUGGAAUUCGAAUAUUUCAAUUUGGUAUUGAAGGCAACAAAGAGCCUUUUGUACACAUUCCAGAAGAAGCGAUCCGAAAAGCCAUCAAAGAACUACUCAACCCGAAGAAUCAUCCCAUUAUGAUCCACUGCAACAAGGGAAAGCACAGAACUGGAGUGUUGGUUGGCUGUUUGAGAAAGACACAAAACUGGUCGUUGACAAGCAUUUUCGAUGAAUACCGAAGAUUUGCCGGCAGCAAGGUGCGAAUGUUGGAUCAACAAUUUAUUGAAUUGUACAGCAACGUGAGCCAAAUUUAA